AUGGCAUCUCCCACGGCUUCUUCUAUUCUGCAGUACUCGGGUACUGGUCAGAAAGAAAAGGGGACUCUUGAUCAUGGUGAUGUCCCAAGCGUUGAUAUAGGGAAGGGGGAGACCAAGGAGGUUUUCCAAGAGAAUGUCGAUGGAGUUGAGUUCAGGACUGUCAGUUGGCAGAGGGCCACGGUGGUGUUUCUCAAGAUCAACUUUGCCAUGAGCAUCCUCGCCAUCCCAGCAGCUCUUGGUGCAUUGGGUUCCAUCGGAGGCUCUUUAUGUAUCAUCGGAUACACAUCUCUGAAUGUUUAUACUGGACUUAUUCUUGGUGACAUUAAGCACAACCACACAGAGUGCCAUACAUUGGCCGACAUGAUGGGCCUCAUCUGGGGUCGCUGGGGCCGCGAACUAGUGGGCGUUCAGAUCAUCAUCGCCCAAACCCUCGUAACAGCUGGUGGAGUAGUUGCGAUAACCAUUGGGUUUAACGCGCUGUCGGACCAUGGAACAUGUACUGUGGCCUUUGGCCUUAUUUCUGCCAUUGCCGUCACCGCAUUCUCAGCUAUCCGCACAUUCUCCAAACUGGGCUGGUUGACAUGGAUUGGCUUUAUCACAUUUGUUAUCGGCGUCUUCAUCUUUGUUGUGGCCGUGACGCAAGUGGACAGACCUGCUGCGGCACCUCAGACUGGAGACUUUGAUCUUGGGUGGGCGCCCAUUGCAUACCCCAGCUUCGUUGUCGGUAUGGUCAGCGUAACCAACAUAUUCAUCAGCACCUGCGGUUCCUCCAAUUUCAUACCCGUCAUUUCCGAGAUGAAGCGGCCCCAGGAUUACCGCAAAGCCUGUCUCGUUGCUGGUUUUAUAGUCGGAGCCAUGUACCUGUCUUUCAGUCUGGUUAUCUACCGUUACUGUGGCGUCUGGCUCUCAACUCCCGCUUUCGCCAGUGCUGGACCUAUCGUAAAGAAGGUCGCCUAUGGUGUCUCCUUGCCUGGGCUUAUUCUUGGUGUUGGUAUCUACCAGCAUGUAGCUGCAAAGUACGCGUUUGUCCGUGUUUUGCGUGACUCGAAGCAUCUACAGGCCAACACCUUCACUCACUGGGGAACUUGGCUCGGAAUUAACAUCGCCCUUGGUACAGCUGCUUUCAUUGUUGCUGAGGCUGUUCCCAUUUUGAACUACCUUCUUGGACUUGCUGGUGCCAUCUGCCUUGCCCCUUUCAGUCUGAUAUUCCCUGCUCUUCUCUGGAUGCACGAAUUCAAGAAGUACAAGACUGGAACCACCACGCAAAAGGUCAAGUACAGUUUCCAUGUACUUAUUAUGAUGUUCGGAUUCUUUAUGAUGAUUGCUGGUUUUUAUUCAGUCGUUGUUCUGAUCAAGGAGGCAUUUGACACGGGUACCAUCGCCAAGGUUUUCGAUUGCGCCGAUAACUCUGGUUUUGUUCAGGGCAAGUAA